UGUGUAAUGUGUAUACCAAAUGGGAAGAACCCUCUGUGAAUUUUUAUAACACUUACACAAUCAUAAUCCAUCCAAAGAUACUCUUUAUACCUUUAUAAUUGAAUAUACCAUUUUAGUCUUUAUACAGCAUCCCGUGCGUUCAGACCUGUUGGCUAUCCGAAGAGCCUGUGACCCCUAUCUCUAUCGUUUUAUUACAUCCUGUAGACAGGAUAGAGAUCUUGGGUAACACCGUACUAGCGCGUUAGUCGGUGGUAAUCGCGAUUAAAUAUUCCGUGUGGGAAUAUCGCGGAGUGAGUUGUGCAAAUUGUGAGCGGCACGGGAUCAAGACCGCUGAAAAGCUAGUGUUUGAACACAAUCGAACUGUUACCUAGCAUGGUGCAGUGCUUCGGUGAAGUAAAACAGCUGCAAUAUUAGUGGUGCUAGAAGUACCCAGUAGCCUCGUGAAAACCGCGUGGUUAAGCCAUUACCACGGAUAAGUGCUCGAGAGUGUAUUAUUGAAUGCCUAUUCUCUACGGAGAAUAAUAGACUGAAAGCUCCGUUUUCGUCGCGUCCGUUUCGUUGAGCGUUCUUUCGUCGGGGAACGACUCUGGAAUCGUCGCGCCGUAGAAAGUUUCAACCGUAUCAUAUCGAGAACAGACAGUGAGAAAUUGUGAGAACAGCUAACGGGAUGAGCUCAACGAAGAGCUGACCAGCAGAGUGAGAGUGAUGUGAUGAGUGAGACUGAAAGUGAUCUAUCAUUUGAAGAAGCUUCAGGUCGCCUGAGUGUCGUUGGCGACACAGACCCGAGAGAUUCGGAGAAGGUCAGAAUCCCGAGAGCAAACGAUUUACCGCCAAACGUAGCCGAUCGAAGAAAGAAGCAAUCUGUGAAGUUGAAGAUGGAAGAGCAAUAUAGAGCCGAGAUAGAAGCUCUCAAAGAGGAGCUUGCUCAGAUUAAAUUGUCGACUCAAACUGCGUCGCAGGCCGUAGCCAGCUCAAGCAGUAUGGGGAACCUCACACGAAUGCCUGAUUUUCGCGAGUUGAAGGAGUAUGUGUCGACGUUUGAUCCGAAAGUUCCCUCAUGUCUAGCUGCGGACAUAUGGGUGAAGUCUAUAGAUGAUACUGGGGAUGUGUAUCAGUGGUCAAGUGCGGUUCGACUUCAUUGUGCUCGGUUAAAUCUCGGUGGCUGUGCAAAGUUGUGGUUGGAUAGCUGUCCAAGUGCGAUGCGAGAUUGGGCAACCUUCAAGAUUGAGAUCGUGAAAGGCUUUCCAUCUAAGAAGAACCCAAUAUACUACCACAACUUGCUUUCGUCUCGUAAGUGGAAGACUGGAGAGACUGUGGAAGAAUACGUCUAUGAAAUGAUGGCAUUGGGACGGAAAGGUGGAUUUGACGAAGAAACCACGGUGACGUACAUUACAAGUGGCCUCCGGCAAUAUGUGAAGCGGUCAGGGAUGGCUCUCAGCAAAGUGUCUACGGUUGAACAGUUGCUUGAGGAGUUGCGAUGGAUUGACACUGUUGAUGCGGUGGCAGUUACCAAAGUAGCAGAUACGACGCCAACUGUCUACAGUGCUCAGCGAAAAGGUGAAUCGUCAUCAGAAGUGUGCUUUCAGUGUCACCAAGCGGGACAUAUCGCGCGCCGUUGUCCAAGAGUGAUGUGCCAUCUGUGCAAAAGGGAUGGGCAUAUGAGAAAUGAAUGUCCUAACGUUGGUCCUAAACGUGAUGUGAAAGCUUCCACACCCCGACCGAUUCGUGUUGUAGACCAGAAAAGUGCUUUCGUAAAAAAUGUGUUAGUGGGCGGAGUAUCGAUGAGAGCGCUAGUGGAUACGGGUGGCAAGGUUUCUACGAUACAAGAAAAGUUUGCGAAGAACGUCGGUGAGGUAAAACCCAGCCAAAAAGUGCUCCGUGGAUUCGGGAAAAAGGAAAUCAACGUGACCUCGAAAGUUUGCGCUGAGUUGCAGGUUGAUGGGGUGUCCUUACCGGUGGAGCUGCAGGUCGUGCCAACCUGGGUCCAAGACACGGCGGUGAUUUUGGGCGAAGAUAUCAUCGACAGUGAUGGAUUGGUGAUGGUGAAACGCAAGGGGGAUGUGAAGUUCGAAUGGGAAGCGCCACAAAAACACCAACGACCCCCUCGUGAGCCUCGGCAACGAGAUAGCAGUGUAGAAUCGGCGAUUGCGCAUAUGUAUGCGAUAGACAUUGACUCGAAAGUGGAAGCGAUAACCGAGGAUCAGAUCAACAGUGAUGGAUCGGAUGAGUGCAAUUCGCGGUUGUGUGAGUUGAUAACGAACUACAGAGAUUGUUUUGCGGUGAACAUGAGAGAGAUGGGUCGGGCUACAUCGGCCGAGAUGAAAAUUAGUUUGAUGAGUGCUGAGCCUGUGUUCGUAAAACCCCGAAAACUGGAAUACGCCCGAGAGAGUGUUUUGACUGAGUUAGUACACGAAUUGUUGGAAGCUGGUAUUAUUGCCGAAACUGAGUCGCCCUAUAAUAGCCAAGUGGUGUUGGUACCGAAAAAGAACAACGAGUUCCGGAUGGCUAUUGACUAUCGGUUACUCAACUCCCGAACAAUAAAGGACAAGUUCCCAAUGCCCGAUAUUGAGUCGUGUCUCCAGAAGUUGGCAGGAGCAGAUAUGUUCAUUACCGUAGAUUUGUACAGUGGAUAUUACCAAAUACCACUGGAGCCCGAGAGUCAGAACUAUACCGCGUUUUCAACAGUAGACGGUCACUAUCGGUUCCUACGAAUGCCGUUCGGCUUGGCGAAUGGGUGCGCGGUGUUCCAGAGAGCGAUGAACAAAAUAGUGGAAAAGCUGAGAAAGCAGAAGGUUAUUAUCGUGGCUUACAUCGAUGACCUGAUCCUGUGGGGGGAAAGUGAGGAAGAGCUGCUAUUCAAAUUUGAGAGAUUGCUAGUGGCUUUGCGUGAAGAAGGUUUCACCAUAAACCUGAAGAAAAGCUACUUUUUUAUGCGCCGGGUUGAGGUUUUGGGAUUUGAAGUCAGUGCUGAAGGAUUCUUCAGGAGAUUCGUGCAGGACUACAGUAUCAUAGCGGAACCGCUGUUCCGCUUGCUGCGGAAAGAAGCCGAGUUUGUGUGGGAGGUUGAACAACAGCGAGCAUUCGAAAAGCUCAAGCAACUUUUAGUGCGAAGACCUGUGCUUGUGCUCUACGAUCGCAGCAAGCUGUGCGCCGGAACGGCUGCGUUUUCAAAUCGUCCGUCACGUUUUUCCUCGAUUCCGCGUUGUUGUUGA